AUGGCCAACAAGACGAGCGAUAUUGGCGGCAAGUAUGUCACUACGGUUGACCUAUAUGCCGAGGUAAUUAAUAAAGUCGUGGAACAUAUGCGCAUUGAUUUCGAUGAAGCUGGAGUAGAUUCAGAUGUCCUCCAUUAUGUGAAGACGGAAUGGAAACAUAAGUUGGCGGAGUCAAAAUGUUUGGGUGGAAUACCAAGAGUACCAAACAACGUAAACAAAACGUCAACCAUUGACAACGCUGACAACGUUAACAAUGACCAGACCAACUGCAUCGACAGCAUCAGCCUAAAAAACUCCAACUUUUUGCAUCAUGUUGAAAACAACAACAACAACAAUGAAGAUGAUCCGAACAUCUUACCCCGCUUGAUCAAUCCAAAUGCGGUGCAUUCAAAUGCGGUGCAUUCUGGCAACACAAACCAGAAUCUUCAAAACAAGAAUGCACGGUUGGGCAAUUCGAACAAUAUUCGUCGGAUCAAUUCGAAUGCCGUGCCACGCUUGAUCACAAACACUGGCUUGAACGUCUCUCACAGGUUGCCUCCAAACAACAACGUCAACCUAAACAACAUUAAAAUUAACAGUUCACACGUUUUGCAGCAAUUGAACAGCAACAACACCUUAAACGCGUUGACAGGAUCUCACAUGAUAACAACAAUGCCGAGAAACAUUAACAACAUCAGCUGUCCGAUGAACUAUGGCAUAAACAGCGUAAACAAUCCGAACAUCUUACCACGCUUAGUAAAUUCAAAUGCACCCUUGUUUCCACGCUCGGAAACCACAAAUCAAAACAUUACAAUCAAGUUUCCACCCUUGGACAACACGAACCAAAACAUUCGAAAUUUGAUUCCACGCUUGAUAAACACAAACGAGGACAUUCGGAACUUGAACCAAAACAUUCCAAUUAAGUUUACACGCCGCUUGGACAACACGAAUCAAAACAUUCCAAUCAAGUUUCCACGUUUAGACAACAUGAACAAUGUUUGCCGAGUCAAUUCAAAUGCAGUACCUUUCUUAAACAACGAGGUUAACUUGAACAACAGAAACAUGACGCCGCGCCUGAUCACUAAUAUUUUCUCGCCUAGGAACAACGUCAACCUGAACAGCAUCACUAUUAACACUUUGCAAAUCCCGAACAAUAUUAAGUACAUCUCCAGCUUGAACAAUCAGUCCAAACCUUCGGCAACCCUUGAACAACAACACCGCCCAACUGUUUUGCAGCGUUUGAACCUGGGAACACCUGUGCCAAGAAAGAACUCUUUAGUAUCUCGUAGGAAUCAAGAUGGGAGCUCUGAAGUGCUAUUCAGAAUUGGAGGACAGACGGACGGAUCGUGGGACGAUUCCGAUGAUGAAGAAAAUGAAGAAAAUGUGUUGGAAGAACUUGAUGACCUCUCUGACGAUUCCUCGGCUGCAGGAAAGGAGGAUUCUGACCCUUUGAACUCAGACGAUGACGAUGUUGAACAUGACAUAGACGAAAAUUCUAUUGAGAACUUCGUGGCUUGUCAAUACAUCAAGGUAGUGAAGAACAAGUCCAUUUGGAGGGCGUACUUUAUGUUCGGCAUCAUUCACGUGGACGGAAAGGAGGAAGCCUUCCACCAGGCACUGGGUGAAGUUAAAUUUUAG